GCAUGCGCACGCGCACACGAAUGCGGGCACACCCUUGAGUCCCCUGAACAGCCGCGGGUUGGUCCCAACAGUCCAGUCGGCCGGUGCUGCCCAUCCGCCCCCGCCCCAGACGCAAGUCCGCUCGCCCGGCGCCCGAGCCCGUCCGCGCGCGCGCCGUCUGCACCCCGAAAGCCCCGCCCCGAGGCGCGCGCCCGCCCACCGCUCUCCACGUGCUCGCUGGAGGGCGGCGCGAGGGGACGAGCCGACAAUAUGUUCUUGCUGCCUCUUCCGGCUGCGGGGCGAGUUGUCCUCCGACAUCUGGCGGUGAGACGUUUCGGAAGCCGGGAUCUCUCCGCCGCAGACAUGACGAAGGGCCUUGUUUUAGGAAUCUAUUCCAAAGAAAAAGAAGAUGAUGUGCCACAGUUCACAAGUGCAGGAGAGAAUUUUGAUAAAUUGAUAGCUGGAAAGCUGAGAGAGACUCUGAACAUAUCUGGACCACCUCUGAAGGCAGGCAAGACUCGAACCUUUUAUGGUCUGCAUCAGGACUUCCCCAGCGUGGUGCUAGUUGGCCUCGGCAAAAAGGCAGCUGGAAUCGACGAACAGGAAAACUGGCAUGAAGGCAAAGAAAACAUCAGAGCUGCUGUUGCAGCGGGGUGCAGGCAGGUUCAAGACCUGGAGCUCUCUUCUGUGGAGGUGGAUCCCUGUGGAGACGCUCAGGCUGCUGCAGAGGGAGCAGUGCUUGGUCUCUAUGAAUACGAUGACCUGAAGCAAAAAAAGAAGAUGGCUGUGUCGGCGAAGCUCUAUGGAAGUGGGGAUCAGGAGGCCUGGCAGAAAGGAGUCCUGUUUGCUUCCGGGCAGAACUUGGCACGCCAAUUGAUGGAGACGCCAGCCAAUGAGAUGACGCCAACCAGAUUUGCCGAAAUUAUUGAGAAGAAUCUCAAAAGUGCUAGUAGUAAAACCGAGGUCCAUAUCAGACCCAAGUCUUGGAUUGAGGAACAGGCAAUGGGAUCAUUCCUCAGUGUGGCCAAAGGAUCUGAUGAGCCCCCAGUCUUCUUGGAAAUUCACUACAAAGGCAGCCCCAAUGCAAACGAACCACCCCUGGUGUUUGUUGGGAAAGGAAUUACCUUUGACAGUGGUGGUAUCUCCAUCAAGGCUUCUGCAAAUAUGGACCUCAUGAGGGCUGACAUGGGAGGAGCUGCAACUAUAUGCUCAGCCAUUGUGUCUGCUGCAAAGCUCAAUUUGCCCAUUAAUAUUAUAGGUCUGGCCCCUCUUUGUGAAAAUAUGCCCAGCGGCAAGGCCAACAAGCCAGGAGAUGUUGUUAGAGCCAGGAACGGGAAGACCAUCCAGGUUGAUAACACUGAUGCUGAGGGGAGGCUCAUACUGGCUGAUGCGCUCUGUUACGCACACACAUUUAACCCGAAGGUCAUCCUUAAUGCUGCCACCUUAACAGGUGCCAUGGAUGUAGCUUUGGGGUCCGGUGCCACUGGGGUCUUUACCAAUUCAUCCUGGCUCUGGAACAAACUCUUCGAGGCCAGCAUUGAAACAGGGGACCGUGUCUGGAGGAUGCCUCUCUUCGAACAUUAUACAAGACAGGUUGUAGAUUGCCAGCUUGCUGAUGUUAACAACAUCGGAAAAUAUAGAUCUGCGGGAGCAUGUACAGCUGCAGCAUUCCUGAAAGAAUUCGUGACUCAUCCUAAGUGGGCACAUUUAGACAUAGCAGGCGUGAUGACCAACAAAGAUGAGGUUCCCUAUCUCCGGAAAGGCAUGACCGGGAGGCCCACAAGGACUCUCAUCGAGUUCUUACUUCGUUUCAGUCAAGACAAUGCUUAGUUCAGAUACUCAAAAAUGUCUUCACUCUGUCUUAAAUUGGACAGUUGAACUUAAAAGGUUUUUGAAUAAAUGGAUGAAAAUCUUUUUAACGGAGACAAAGGAUGGUAUUUAAAAAUGUAGAACACAAUGAAAUUUGUAUGCCUUGAGUUUUUUUUUCAUUUUACACAAAGAUUUAUAAAGGUAAAGUUAAUAUCUUACUUGGCAAGGAUUUUUAAGAUACUCUAUAAAUGAUUAAAAUUUUUAGAACUUCCUAAUCACUUUUCAGAGUAUAUGUUUUUAAUUGAUAAGCAAAAUUGUACCUCAGAUUUGUGAUGCUAGGAACAUGAGCAAACUGAAAAUUACUAUGCACUUGUCAGAAAUAAUAAAUCCAACUUUUGUGCCC